AAGUUGGUAUUACAUUCCGCUUUAAAAUGCAAAGCAGAAGAAGAAGAAGGACGUUGACGUCACAUGGGGAGAGCUCAUGAUGGCGGUAGAUUUGACUCCUCGCUUCAGGAGGUUGAACAGCCAAACGAGGAGUUUUCGUGAUAAUAUACAGAACGGUUUCUCGGGGCCCUUCGGCGCCACCCAGCUGUGGCACAACAUCAUCCGGGCCCUGCAAACCCAGGUGGAGGUGCGCCGCUGUAGAAGGCAUCUGCGCGUUCACGCCGAAUGCUUCACGGGCUCAGACGCUGUGGACGCCGUCCUCAGCUAUUUGAUGCAGAAUGUGGUGUUUUGCACCAGCGAAGUGUCUCGCCUCAAAGCUGCUCGUCUCUGCCAGGCUCUGAUGGAGGCUAAGGUGUUCGAACCGGUCGGUACGAAGCUGUUUUGCAGAGACAAGGAGGUGACCUUCGAGGACAGCAGCUGCAGCCUUUACCGUUUUCUGGAAUAUAAAGUGUCACCCAAUUCUGCCAUGAAGGAGUACAAUAGUGACACAGAAAACAUGACACCAGAGGAGCAUGGGCUUAAGAGGAAGAAGAGCUCCAGGAGGCUGAAUGAACUGAGGACCAUCUCUAAUCCCCUCGCUGUCGGACCAUCAGACAGGAGGGUUGAGAGGCUGCUGAGGAACAUCAACCUGCGACCAACCUUGUCUGCAGCUUUAAACACAACCCCUUCUACUUCCGCCUUUCUGUCCAAAGCUGUGGUGGAUGAGGUUUGGAAGCAGCAGACGCUGCUGCAGCUGCUGCAGAUAGUAGAGCUGCCCAUGCUAGACUGCAUCCUGACCUCUCCUGCCAGGGGUCAGCUCCAGGCCUGCAGAGCUCCUCUUGCCACCCAGGACCUGGUUAUCUCUAACACAUGCCUGGAGAGAGAGCUGCCCAACACCCUUCAUCUGCCCAAGUUGGACGGGUGGCUGUCUGCAGCAGCAGACUGCUUGGAGUUCUUUCCCGACCAGCUGAUCGUGGUCGCAGGGGAACAGCUCAACCAACAAGUCGCCGACGUCUUUUCAGAAGACGACCAGGCAGAGCAGAUGGCGAGCCAAAAGAGACUACUCUUUGACACCAUUGCCAAGUACUACAGCGGACAGGAAAAAGCUCCGCUUCUCUCAGGACGCCAUCUGGACAUACACGCUGCAAUUGUGAAUUUGCUGGAUGAAGGGAAGCUCCGGGAUGCCAUCAAAGCAUCUCAGUUGUGUUUUCGACUGCUGGAGACGAGCGUCAGAGAUGAACUCCGGAGACUACUGGCCUUUAUGGCCACAGCAGCUCACCCAGAUGCUUGCCGUCUUCAGAAACAGAUUGAUAACAGGGCCUUGGUCUGCCGCACCUUUCAGAGAGCAAUUGUCCAGAAUCAUGAACUGACUCGAUUCCAAAGCGAAACCCUGGUGCUGUUUCUCAUGGACAACUGUAUCGAGCUCUUCAAGACUCCUACAUCCCUUAUUGAAGCUGUGAGGACACAGCUAAGGACUAUGCAGCAGGGAAAAGACCCUGACUCAAUUGCUACGUUCGCCUUCUGCCAGCAGGUGACGCCACAGGAGUACGAGGAUCAGCGAGAGGCGACCACCCUGGAGAGCCUCAAACAGCUUCUUAGUGACAUCGCCUCCAGCAAAACCAUACCUGUCAAGGAGAGGAGGAGGCUGCUCAAAGAGUUUGAAAAGCAUCACCCUGUGGUCUUCCUCCAGCACUUCUCCAGCACCUUCUGAAACAAGGGUUUGACUCACUAAGUGCACUUCACAAAGCCAGUUUGCAGCGCUUACACUGAAGAAUGAUAAUAAUGUAAUGCACAUCAUGGAUCCAAUUACUGUGGAAUACAAUAGAUGCAAUGUAUAAAAACUUAAAAGGGAUUACUGGGGGGGGGAAAAUACUCUCUUGAGUCUUAGCCAGCUGUUGCAGGUUGCAAUUGGUGAACAGCUUUUGUACUAAUUGAUGUACAUCUUGGUCCAGGUAUGGAUACCAUAUUUGGAUAAACUAUUGGAAGUGUGGUGUGCAGAAGUAAUGCUGUGCACUUUGAUCAGGCAUUAAUAUUUCUACAUGUCAAAUGAAGACUGAAUAACAAUAUUAUGGCAGUCAUCUUUUGAUUUCCAGUUCUACUGUAGCAUGCUGUAGUGUGGUUAAGGGAAAAUACUGGUAAACGCAACACCGAUGUAGCUGAACAAGGUUUAACACUAACUGUUAGAGAUGAAGACAGAUCUUUCUUUGAGGAUUUCUAAAAUUAAAACUAAUAUGAAAUGACAGCAGAAAGGGUACUAUAAUGUAUUAGGUUAACCAUAGCUCAGGUUAAUAUAAAACGUUUUAAUUUUCAGGGGUUUUAAGCAUAAUUUUAGUGCCAGUAUGUUUGUCAAAUGUAUUUUAAUUGUAACUUUUUAGGAUUUUACUUGAAUGAUGGACAUUAUUCCUUUUCACGGAAGAUGUGUAAUAAAUAAUGACUUAAUAUUAUUUUAGGCUACUAAUUUAAUUUUAUGAUGCCUCAGUUGGUUUGUAAUUCUUUUAAUUCAUGAAGCCAUGAUCAUGCAGAAGUAAUUUACAGGCAAAUGUCAUUUCAGUCAGCAUCUGUUGUUCUUUACAUUCACUGAAAUCAAGUUAGAUUGCACUUUAUGAUGCUGAAACAUGCUUUAUUUUCUGUUGGAAUAACACGUCUAAUAAACGUUUAAUUGAUGUUCUCUCAAA